UCUUCAACGAUCGUAGAAGGGAAAGAUACGAAGAUCUCUCUCUCUCUCCACCCCCUCUCUCCGUUCAUCUGAAUUUCACGAUGGUUCUCAGAUCGGAGAAACUGUGGACGGUUCUGGUGGUUUUGGGAAUGAUGUCGCGGUUUUCUCACUCGUUGCACUUCGAUCUGCAAUCGGGUCGGACAAAGUGUAUCGCCGAGGACAUCAAGAGCAAUUCCAUGACUGUCGGUAAAUACGCCGUCGUUAACCCUAACGAAGGCCACCCUUUGCCCCCGUCUCACAAGGUCUCGGUCAGGGUAACGUCGAGCUACGGGAACACGUACCACCACGGGGAGCAAGUGGAAUCUGGGCAGUUCGCUUUCACGGCGGUGGAGGCAGGGGAUUACAUGGCGUGCUUCUCCGCCGUCGAUCACAAGCCUGAGGUGACUCUCAGCGUUGAUUUUGAUUGGAGGACCGGCAUUCAAGCCAAGAACUGGGCUAAUGUCGCCAAGAAGAGCCAAGUCGAAGUCAUGGAAUUUGAGGUGAAGAAACUGCUUGAAACUGUCAACUCCAUUCAUGAAGAGAUGUUUUAUCUUAGAGAAAGGGAGGAAGAGAUGCAAGACCUGAACCGAUCCACCAACACGAAAAUGGCUUGGCUCAGUUUCCUUUCGCUCUUCGUCUGCUUGGGAGUGGCCGGGAUGCAGUUUUGGCAUUUGAAGACGUUUUUCGAGAAGAAGAAAGUCAUCUAAGACUGUUAAAAACCCACGUCUUUAUUUCCCCAAACCCCAAGUGACAUCUCCAUUUCCUUGGGGAGAGGGGAGUGUACAUUAGAUCCAAAACGGGCAUGUACUUUGAGAACCGGAAAUUGAAACUAUGGAGUUGUGUUUUUUUUAUUUGCCCUUUUGCAGUUUUCAGACAGCAGAGAGAGAGAGAGAGAGAGAGAGAAAGAAAGAUCUUUUUGUGCCCUUCUUGUUGAACUGGUCUGAUUGAUCUUUGAUGAGGUCAAAGUCUUUGACUUUUAGA